UUGACCUGAAGAGACGCUCACGCCGACAGAGAGAGCUCCGGACCAAAACCAGCUCAACUUCCACUGAGAGGACAGCAGGAGGGAGUACUGGGAGUACUGGGAAUACUGGGAUACUGGGAAUACUUCCACUUUAACCAGGUACUGAAUCCACCAACUGAAGCAGACUUUAAAAGAACUCAGAACCAAAGAGAAAGGAACUUUCAGGGACGGACAGUGGCUUCCUGUUUGUCUGCAGCGUCUCCAGCUUCACUCGAGACAAAAUGGCGUCCAAGUUAGAGGAGGAUCUGAGCUGUCCGGUCUGUCUGGACAUCUUUGAGGACCCCGUCAUCCUGUCCUGCAGCCACAGCUUGUGUAGAGAGUGUGUGGAGAAGAGCUGGAAGGAGAAGGAGGACAAGGAGUGUCCCAUGUGUAAGAGGAGACACUCAAAGGAUUUAUUACCUGUUAAUUUUGCUUUAAAGAAUCUGUGUGAGACUUUUCAGCAGGAGAGAAAACGGAGAGCUUCAGAGGAUCCAUGCAGUCUGCAUCAGGAGAAGCUCAAACUCUUCUGUCUGGACCAUCAGGAGCCGGUGUGUGUCGUCUGCAGAGAUUCAGAAAAACAUGCUGAGCACCAAUUCAGACCCAUUGAUGAAGCUGUUCAACAACACAAGAAGAACCUUGAGGAAACUCUGCAGCCCUUAAAGGAGAAGUUAGAGGCUCUUAAAUACGUUAAAGUGAAGUUUGAUCAAACAGAAGCUCACAUGGAGGUCCAGGCCCAACACACAGAGAGGCAGAUUAAGGAGCAGUUCAAGAAGCUUCAUCAGUUCUUAGCAGAGGAAGAGGAGGCCAGGCUGCGUGCACUGAGGGAGGAAGAGGAGCAGAAGAGGCAGAGGAUGAAGGAGCAGAUGGAGGCUCUGAGAGCACAGAUAGCAGAUCUUUCACAGACAGUCAGAGCCACAGAGGACCAGCUGACGGCCCAAGACGUCUCCUUCCUGAAAAACUACAAGGCUGCAGUGGAGAGAGUCCAGCAGCGCCCCCUGCUGGAGGAGCCACAGCUGCCCUCAGGAGCUCUGAUAGACCAGGCCAAACACCUGGGCAACCUGGGCUUCAAGAUCUGGACCAGGAUGAAGGACGUGGUCUCCUACACGCCUGUCAUUCUAGACCCAAACACUGCUAAUCCAUACUUCAUCCUGUCUGAUGAUCUGACUGCUGUGAGAGGAGGAAAGUGGCAGCAACUUCCUGAUAAUCUAGAGAGGUUUGGUGAUAACUGGUCUGUCCUGGGCUCUGAGGGCUUUAACUCAGGGACUCACAGCUGGGACGUCCAGGUCAGAGAGAGUACAUACUGGAUCCUGGGAGUGUUUCCAAAGUCUGCUGAGAGAAAGGGAUUCAUAUGGUCCAGAGUUUGGGCAGUAGGAUUCUAUUGUGGUAAAUACAGAACACGAACACCAUCACAUCCAUGGACUUUUCUCUCAGUUCAGACAGAACCAAAGAGGAUCAGAGUGAAUCUGGACUGUAACAGAGGAGAGCUGUCAUUUUCUGAUCCUGAUACUAACACACUCAUACACUCCUUCACACACACUUUCACUGACAGGAUGCUUCCAUUUUUUCACAAUUGGUCUAACUCCUCACUGCAGAUUCUCCCAGAGAAGAUCUCUGUGAGCGUGGAACCAAACUAAACAAACAUGAUGUUAUGAUGGCAUUUGAUCCAGUCACUUCUGAUAUUUGACUACAGAAACUUUCCUUUCAUGGUUUACAGUCAACAAAUCUAUGAUGGAUCUAUGAUGGACAUGUUUACUAAGCCACAAACAGAAAAGCUCACAAUUGCUGUGUUGUAAUUGUAGGCUGUUAGAUUUCAUGCUGCUCAUUUUUUACAAGAAGUUUGUGGCAAAUUCAUGACACUUGUUUGAAGAGAAGAAGUCAGUGGGGGUUGAUCUGGGGGGAUUGAUCCAUUGAUCACCUGUAGAGAACAGGUAGCGGCUAUUAUUUGACUUUUCAUGGAUGAUUUCUGAGAUGUGCUGCUGUCUCAGCACUUUCAUUUCCUUUUUUGUAGCUGCUUGAGGUGAAACCACAAGAGACCUUUUGGUGAACUUCUAAACACAGCAAGUAGGUUUCUGUUUUGGGUGAACUUCUUUGACCUUAGCAGGUGACCUUUUGGAUGAACUUUGAGUUCCACUAAACUACAGUGACCUUCUAUAUCUAAACUUAGAUUCAACAUAGGGUUUUCCCCUAAAGUCUGCUUUCUAAGAUGACUUUCCUUGGAAGUAACAGUAUGGGUGGAGACCUAGCGUACCUAAUAAAAAGGCCUCAAAUUUCCUGUCGGGCCUCUUGUGCAGAGUCCAACUAUAGGUUCAGAUUGGCAUGUACCUGUUCUUGGGUCCUGAGACCUUCUGUGGGUGAUCAGUGAUAACUCCUAUGGGUGAACAAACCAGUUCAGGGUGGUUACUACUUGUGAGUGGAAAGGAAACCCCUCUACAAAAGAGGGUAUGAAUAGAAGCUAACAAGUACUACCCAACGGCUAUUAAAAGUCAGGGAGACCCAUGCUGGUAUUUUGAUCACUGAAGGUAGCGUCAGCUGAUUAGAGUAAACAGUUUCUAUGGUCCAAUGGAGAACUACAUUUAACCAAAAGAUAUCUUUUGUGGUUUCAACUCCAUUUUGAAUUUUUGGUACCUAUAUUCUCAUGUUGAACCAAUAUGUUUUGUUUCUGCUUUAAAAUUGACUUUGAAAUCCUUUUUCAGUCAUGUAAUCAUUGAAAUUUUCAUAUAAUCUAUUUUUUUCUCUGCUGUUGAUGCCUGUACUCCUCAAUGAAAUUUGCUGGGUCUAAUCAACUCAGGUUUGAUUUUGAAUUUCUGGAGUAUUUUUGGUAAAUAUUUCUGCUAAAGCUUUGACAAAAUAAAGGUUUUUGAAACCCCAAUUUUAG